AUGGCAGCAGCAAUUUUCUCUCUCUUACUCGUCUCCAUCUCUCUGUUCAUCACAGCGUACUCUUCAUCGCUGCAUUCCGGCCUCCAAAUCCUCCAAGCUGAGCGUCAGAUUGAUUUGACUUCGCACAUCGUUAGGGUUUAUCUGACAUUGAAGGUCGAAAAUAUCGGGGACGAUCCAGCUUCAAAGGUUCUCCUCGCCUUCCCGCCUGAGCAGUUUGACCAUCUUUCGUCGGUAAAAGCAGCUGCAACUGUUGGGAAGAGGAGGAAGAAAUCGCAUGUUCCUCUUGAAAUCAACUUGGCUGAGCAACCAGACUCGCCAAACGGAACCAAAUACUAUGCAGUCUCAUUGCUUAACCAAUUAUUGAAGGGUGAAACCACCACUCUAGAAAUAUUUUACAUCCUUACCCACUCUCUCAAGCCCUUCCCGGCCGAAAUAAGCCAGUCGGAGUCCCAGUUGGUUCAUUACCAUGACAAUGCCAUUAUAUUGUCACCUUAUCAUAUCAAGCAGCAGGCUACCGUGAUUAAGACACCCACUAACAAGGUCGAGUCCUUCACAGUUGUGGACCCUGCUCAACGAAGUGGUACUGAGCUUAGAUACGGGCCAUAUGAGGACCAUGAACCUUAUUCUUACUCGCCCAUUAUCGUUCACUUUGAGAACAAUCAUCCGUUUGCUGUGGUUGAGGAGCUUGAGCGGGAAAUAGAAAUAUCUCACUGGGGGAAUGUCCAGGUGACCGAACACUACAAGUUGGCCCACGAUGGAGCCAAGCACAAAGGAUUUUCAAGGGUUGAUUAUCAAUCAAGGCCCACUGCUAGUGGUGUCUCUUCUUUCAAGAACCUUCAUGCGGAACUACCCCCUCGAGUUCACUCUGUGUACUACAGGGAUGAUAUUGGGAAUAUAUCAUCAUCAAGAUUAAGAGUUAAUUCCAAGAAGUCGGAGCUGUUAAUAGAACCACGUUAUCCUUUAUUUGGAGGCUGGAAAUCAACUUUUGUGAUCGGAUAUGGAGUGCCGCUGCAGGACUUCCUUUUUGAGUCAGAUGAUGGUGCUCGUUACCUGAAUUAUAGUUUUGGCUGCCCUCUUGCGGACACUGUAGUUGACAAGUUGACAAUCAAAGUUGUCCUCCCAGAGGGAUCAAAGGAUCCCUCCGUCAAAGUUGCUUUUGAAGUUAAACAGAGUUUGGAGACAAAGUACUCGUACCUCGAUGUGAUUGGACGACCUGUAGUGGUCUUGGAAAAGAAAAAUGUCGUUCCUGAACACAAUGUCCCAUUCCAGGUCCAUUACAAGUUCAACCCAAUAUCCAUGCUUGCUGAGCCCCUGAUGCUGGCAUCUGCAUUUUUCCUUUUCUUUGUCACCUGUGUUGCAUACCUGCACAUAGAUCUCUCGAUACGGAAUCGGCCACCACCUCCGAGCCCCGGCGAGCUGCCGCCAUCACCAUCUCUGGCGACCACAAACCACCUAUUUUCCGGCGAAACCCAACUCCCUCGCUCCCGCUGGGAAGAACUCGCGCAGCCUCAGCUCGAGUCCACCUUCACGCCGCUGCAUCGAAGCCAGCCGCACGCCUCGCAGCCCAGCCUCCCGCCGGCGAGCAGAGACACGUCGUUUUCAGCUCAACCCACGUGUCCGCGCAGCCCCUCCACCACGCAGCUCAAGCCGAGUUCGACCCAGAUUCAUUCCACGCGGUCCCAGCCACGAUUGGACCUCGAACCCGCCGUUCCCAAGUCAAGCCGAGUUCGCGACCGAGUCAGUCGAGUCCACCUCCAUCCAGCCCGAGUCCGCCUCAACCAGCUCCAUCGUGCCUCGUAG